AUGGAUGGUCGUGCUGGCAGGAGGCUUGCCGUGCUUCAGGGCCAUGUGCGCCCGCAAGAACGCAAAGAGGACAGCGGCAGCAUAGAUCUGCGUGGCGCAUCGGCAACGCUCCCCGAAAAUGUCGAAAUAACACAUGGUGUCUUCCUGCCAGAGAAGCUUACCCAUGACGGUCCUUGGGAAGUUUGCAGGUCGUCAGUCUCCCCAGAGAAGCUCGUGGCGAGAUUUCCGUCACCUGAUGACCACAUCUGCAGCCUGUAUGACAAUCUAGAGACUACCAUCUCGCGAUUUCCAUCGUUGCCGUACUUGGGAACACGUGAGAAACUGGCCAAGGGAGGUUAUGGGGGCUACAAAUGGAUGACGUAUGCUGAGGCUGGCGAGGCCCGAACUGCCAUUGGUUCUGGUUUGUGCGCACUGGGACUUGGGCCACAGUCGACUGUGGGAAUAUACUCGACGAACUGCAAAGAGUGGGUCCUCUUGGACAGUGCCGCCCAUGCUUAUUCAAUGGUGCCUGUCCCUCUUUACGAUACUCUGGGGCCAGAUGCUGUGAAAUACAUAUCCACUCACGCGGAGGUCAGAUGUGUUGGCUGCUCUGCUGCGGUGCUUAACAACAUGCUGCAGUGCCUUCCUGAUUGCCCAGAGAUCAACCUGCUGGUGGUUUGGGGCCUGGAUGAGGGGCAGCUGCCCAGAGCCCCACCUGGCAGCUCCUGCCGCAUCCUCACCCUGGCACAAGUUGAGAGUCUUGGAAGGGAAAACCUGCGGCCACACAUCCCACCUUCAUCAUCAGACUUGGCAACCAUUUCCUACACCAGUGGGACAACUGGUGUGCCUAAAGGCGCAAUGUUGACACAUGGAAACCUUAUCGCCAAUGCAGCGGCCACAGUUGGUGUUGUUGAUACUGGAUCCGGGCCAGGACACCGCCACAUAUCUUACCUUACUCUUGCCCACAUCUAUGAGCGUGUGAACCUGAUCAUCUCGACAUUCAGAGGCAUGUCCAUUGGCUUCUACCAUGGUGAGGUGACUGAGCUACUGGACGACAUUGCUACCCUAAAACCAACAGUGUUUUGUUCUGUCCCAAGAUUGUGGAACAGAAUAUAUGACAAG